AUGGCAACUAUAGAUCCCUUCGACGCAGCACUCGAUCUCCUCCGCCGACUGCCACCAAACUCAACGCAGCAGAACCUCCAAGGCAUAAUCUCACUUCGCCCAGAGCUUGAGGAAGAUCUGCUAUCGUCUGUCGACGUUGCUCUCACAUCCAAACGAUGUACUCAAUCUGGACGCGACUUCCUCUGCUGCGACUACAACCGCGAUGGCUCCUCCUACCGAAGUCCAUGGAGCAACGAGUUCCAGCCUCCGUUAGAAGAUGAAGGUGAUGCGAUCGAUCUCAUACCUGGCGGAAGGGUUCGGCGUAUGGAAGAGGCCCUCAAUGCUGGAUUUGAUGUGUAUCGAGAGCUGUACUACGAGGGCGGCGUGAGCUCAGCAUAUCUUUGGGCACUGGACGAGGGCUUCGCAGGCGUGGUGCUUUUCAAAAAGACGGCUGAUGCUCGAGGCGGCGGCAAAGGUGGCUGGGACAGCAUACAUGUGCUCGAAGUCAACGAGGCAGCCACCAAGCGAUCAGCACACUACAAGCUCACAAGCACGGUCAUCUUAGAUCUGGGCCUGCAGACCUCAAGCGUGGACAAUCUGGAGCUUGCUGGCAAUCUCACAAGGCAGACAGAGCAAGAUAUGCCACUUCAAGGCUUGCGGGACGCCGAGAUUGAGCAGAGUCAUGUGGUGAAUAUUGGUAGAACCGUGGAGGACAUGGAGACUCGGAUGCGAAAUUUGCUCCAAGAGGUGUAUUUUGGCAAGGCUAAGGAUGUCGUAGGCGAUCUCAGGAGUAUAAAGCCUCUGAGUGAAGCUGAAAAAGACCGAGCAGCCCACAGGGACGUCAUCGACAAGAUGGGUGGAAGAUGAUGAGGGCCUGCAUGACGAAGGACACAUCAGGGAAUGCAAGCUGAAGCUCAAAAUCGGUCGUGAAUGGGGUGCAGUGCGUGGCAGUGACAGUUUGCCACAAGCGUGAUCAUGCGCAGCAUGAUCAUUCGAUGUAUGUAUUCAAGACCUUCCUUUCAGCUUACAGCAUUAAUGGUCGCCAAAAGCCAUUGCGCUGCGUUACCGAGAGUUCGAGAUUUG